ACAGCAUCGAACACCACAGAGCUGUCGCGCGGGAUAACGUGCGUCUGGUGGAAACUGACGCGCGAAUGUGCUUUGGCGCGCUUGGUCUCGCGCGCACGUGCUGUAGCGCGCAUGCCACUUGUCUCAAAGAACGAUGCUUAGCGUGCGGCGCGAGUUCUAUGCGUGCGGUUCUUGACUGUUGGUUAAAGCAUCAUGCUGUUAUGCUUACUGACCGGGAGCUCCACAAAGAAGGCUUCGCUGUAAAACAACCCUAACUGUCCUGCCCGCCGAGUUGACCAACGCUGUCAGCGGGAUUGACCGAUCUGCGAAGUGGAAGAGUCAUCGGUAUUCCAGACCUCCAACACCCGAAUUUCCGAGUAAGAGACGACGGCCAUGGGCUACAUGGCAUACCUGGACUGCGGAUGCGGCUGGGCUAGUUGCUGCGGUCAGGUGUGGCUGGUGCUUUGGCGCCACGUGUGGCUGUCGCGCAUCCGUCGCCACUACCUGGUCACCCUGCUAGAGCUGGCCGGCAUGCUGCUGCUGAUGAGCUCGGUGUGGGACGACUCUGUGGCACCAUACCGGGCGAGACCCCACAAGGACCAGUUCUUCGACAUCGCCGAGCCGACCGACUUCUGGGGCCGCCGCAACGAGUCCUGGACCCGUGGCUCGCUCGCGUUCGCGCCCGACCAGCCCUUCUUCGCCGACCUGGUCGCCAGGGUCUGCAAGGCGUUGGGACCCGAAUGGAUUCCGAUGCCCUUCGAGGACGCGGCCGAGGCAGCCCAGUUCGCCGACGAAGGCAAGGCCGAGGCCUGGCUGGCCGGCGACGUGCAUCGCCGCGUGGCCGUGUGGUUUCAGCAGCCGGCGCCCGACCGGCUCAUUUACCACGUGCGCUUCCCGGACGCCGACUUCGACCUGCGCCAGGAGCACCGGCUGAGCCUUCUGGUGCCGGGGCCCGCCAACACUGACGACUUCGACGAAAUCAGGCUUCUGCUUCCACUGCAGUAUCUGAUCGAAUCGACGUAUUUAAAUAUGACGGCCGAAAGGCUGAAGAAGCAGAUCAACAUAACGGAGAUGGUACGCCGCGCGGGGCUGGGUGACGUGGCCUACUAUAUGGGCCACAUGUUCGAGUCUGGCUUCGUCAUCUUCGGCGCCAUCCUGCUGAUGUACGUGCCGUUGUUCGUGUACCGCAACGCCAGCGGCACGGCCUUCCUCGAGCACGUCAACCCGCUGGUCUUCAUGCAGAUACUGUGCACGGUCGGAGCGCAGACGAUAAUGCACGCCAUGGUGCUCGCCCAGUUUCUCUGGGAGCCCAGCGUAGCGUUCGCCGCGGCCGUCGUUUACUGGCUCGCGAUCGCCCUGUUCCCGUACGCGUGGCUUCAGAACCCGUUCGGGUUCGGUUACUACCUCACGACGAGGAUGGAGAAGAUGGUCACGGCUCUCAGCCCUUGCAUGCUCCUGCACUGGUGCCUGCGGGCAAUCGAGCGCUUCGAGAAAUACGAGGUUCCUUUGUCGUGGCGCAACAUGAACGACAACUACACCACGCUGGACAAUGUAGGCGUGCGCUCUCUCUGUGCCGUCGGCGUAAUCGAGGUGAUCGUCAUGGCGGGCGUCAUCUUCUUCCUGGACAACGCGGCCCCCUGGGGAUACGGAGUCCCCAAGCCGCUCUACUUCUUCUUCUCUAUCGACUACUGGUCUCCCUAUAAAAAAUGGAACAUUCGGAGCGUGACGUCGCCCAAAAUCAACCCGGACUACUUUGAACCUCCCGCCAAGAGUGUCGACCCCGUCGUCAACAUCAUCGACUUGUGCGCGAAAAAGAAAGGCUGCUGCGACCUGGAUAAUGUCAACCUGACAAUUUACAAAAACCAGGUCACGGUCAUCCUCGGGCCUCACGAUUCCGGACACACGACGGUUCUGGACGUUCUCACAGGCAUGAUAGCACCGACGAGUGGUGAAGCCUACAUAUGCAACUACUCCGCCACAAGCCCCUCGGGGAUAACGUGGCAGUUCAUCAGCGUCUGCCCCGAGGAGAGUGAACUCUUUGACGACCUCACCAUCGAGGAGAACAUGCGCUACUUCCUGUAUCUCCGCGGGGUUUCGGCGGCCGAGGAGCGUUCCUACUUGGAACCCCUUUUCCUGACGCUCUACAUGAAGCCGCACAGGGACACCCUCGUGUCCCAACUGUCGCCCCAGAUGAAGCGGGCUCUGUGCGUCAGCAUCGUGUUCGCCGUCUACGCAAACUUUCAACUGGUGAUCCUGUCCGAGCCGUCCAGGCUGAUGGACCCCAGGGUGCGGAAUCACGUGUGGGAGACGCUGGGGCAGAUCGCCGAUGUCAGCAGCGUCCUGGUCACCACUCAGAGCAUCGAGGAGGCCGAGAUGAUUGCCGACCGGCUCAUCGUCAUGCGGGAGGGCCGCAUAGUGUGCGCCGGGUCGCCCACGUGGCUCAAGAAAAAAUUGGACUCUGGAUUCUGCCUGCGCCUGACCAGGCUUGCAAACUUCAAGGAACAGGAAGUGAAACGCGUCGUCUACGACUACAUGGGAUCAGUCGAGCCCAGGCGGGUCACCAAGGUCGACAUGGUGUUCAACUUGAGCGAAGUUCCCGCGAGAACAACGAAGAUGACAGCGAUGCUUCAAUACCUGGAGAAAAGGCGGAGCAUUCUGGGCAUCGCAGUCAUGAGCCUGUCGUACUCUACGCUCGAGGACGUUUACAUAAAGAUGGUGACUCGCACUGAGGCUAAGGACAAGAAAGGCAUCGGUGACUGCUGCUUUCAGCUUCAAUCGGAGCAGGACGACGGGGCGAGAAAGAAGAGAGAUUCGCAGGCCCUGAAGCAGCUGUGCCAGGCCGGGUCAUCGAAGGCCGGCACCCUGUCGGUGCUGUGGGCGCUGCUGCGCAAGCGGACGCUGCUCUGGGCGCGCGUCUGGUGGACCAGGCUGUUUUCCCUGGGAAUCCCCGUCACGUGCCUGGUGCUGCUGGUGCUGUGUGAGCGGCUCCUGCUGCCUCAGAUGGCGCCGGGUAGCAGCGCCUUCACCUACGAGCCGGAACGCAUCUACGACGUCUCGUACGGUUUCAUCGAGAGCGACAACGCGAGCAAGGACUUCAGCGACAACGUGCUGCUACCGCUGCUGUCCGAGCACUCGGUACACACCUUCGCGCCGACGAGCAAGUUUGUGGAACGCGAGCUGCUUUUCUGGGCCGAGAAGGACAUGUACGCCUACUUGUACGAGUACCAGUACGGAAUCAGCACCUUCCAGAACAGGAGGCUGUUCGUCUGGUUCAACGGCCAAUGCCCGCCCAGCGCCGUGAUCGGUGUGAACCUGCUGCACACUGCGCUACUGAGGAACCUGACGGGCAGCAAGGACUCCCACAUCACGCUGGUCAACUGGCCUCCCGUGAGCGAAGACCUCGUGGCGAAGAUGGAGUUCGAGAGGCUCUACGGAAAGCUAACGCUAAAGGACGGUCGCGAUACCCUGGGCUACGAGACGGAGCUGUUCCCGACGCGCAACUUCAUGACGCGUGUGCUGUACGCGUUCUUCGUGUCGCUGGCGAUGAGCUUCUACGCGGCCAGCCACGUGUUUGCCCCGAUGGUUGAGUCGGGCAGCGGCUUCCAGCUCAUGCAGCUCAUGACCGGCAUGUCGGGCAUGACGUACUGGAUGGGACACUUCAUCUUUGACAUGUUCAUGGCGGUCUGCAACAGUAUCACGCUCGUCUUCAUCAUCUUUAUCAGCCACAUGGAAAUGGCCCCUUCAUACCACCUUGCCAUCCUGGCUCUGUUCGUCGCCAACGCGUUCUCCAGCCUGCCGCUGGCGUACCUGUUCUCCAGGGUGUUUUCCGAACCAGUUUGGGCUUUCUCCUACAUGGUGCUAGGACUGCUCCUGGCAGGCAUAGUGGGCUCACUGGGCGUGGAACUGCUGAACGUGCUGGUGCAAGAUGACGACCCGUCGACGGUUGCCUCUGUGGUGCUCUUCAUCUGGGGCUACGCGUGCCGCUGGUUCCCGACGUACACCCUGGUGCGGGGCAUCGUCAAGGUCAUCCUGCUGUCCCGGAUGAACGCCAUUUGUCUCACCGGCGGACAACUGCUCGCCGAGGCUUGCCGCGACGUCCAGUACUCGUCGGACGCGACGAUAUCCCGCUGCUGCGAAGCCCUUCCGCAAAACGACACGGCGCCGAUUGUCGGCCCGCUACAUCCGUUCUACGAGACCGGAUUCUACGAGUUUGUCAGCAUGGUGGCCCAGGGGAUGCUCUACAUCGCGCUACUCGCGCUAGUUGACUCUCAAGUGAUUUACAGCCUCCGCUGGUACGCGGCUCGCCGCCUUCAGGGCAGUGAUCAGCCAGAUGAGUUGUCCGAAGAGCGCGGACCUCGGCUCGUUGCCAUUUCCAUGGACACCGAAGUCGAGCGGGAGGUGAGCCAGGUGAACCAGGUGUGCUGCACGAGAACAUUCAGCGACGCCGUCAUGGUUGUCCGUAGCCUGCAGAAGACUGUCGGCUUCAUCAACCCGGAGAAACUCGUGGACGCGGUGAGCCUUCUCCUGAAAAAACGCGAAUGCGUCGGCAUCGUUGGCAUCAACGGUUGCGGCAAGACCACGCUGCUGGAGACCCUGGUCGGGGUUCGGGUGCCGACGUACGGCAACGCGUACACGUCCGCGCUGUCGCUGGUCACCGACAUCCGCGGCUGGCAGCGGGGCAUCGGCUACGCGGCCGACCGCGUCUCCAAGGACAGCAUGCCGGCGCUCACCGUGGGCGAGCUGCUGGACACCAUGGCCAGGCUGCGGGGCGUCGCCCAGAGGCGCCAGGCGGUGACCAGCAUACUGGCGCUCACCGGAAGGCUCCGCGAGGACCAGAUGGCCAACCAGUACAGUCGCGGCGAGCUCAAGAUGCUGUUGAUCGCGUGCGCGGCCGUGGGCGUCCCUCCCGUGAUGAUGGUGGACGAGCCGUACUCUGACGUAGAACCGCUGUACCGCAACGAGAUAAUCCGCAUGCUGCAGCUCCUCAAGGACAGCCGGGCCAUCUCGUUCGUCCUGACCUCACACCGCAUGUCCCACUUCGAGCUGCUCUGCGACCGCGUGGCCAUCAUGGACUCGGGCACGAUUCAGGCGAUGGGCGACGGGCUGCAGAUGGAUCAGAAGUACGGGCGCUGCUACAGCGUCACCAUCAAGCUGCCGGCCGCGAAGCGCAACAGCGUCACCCUGAUCAACCGCAUCUACUUUGCGAUGAUGGAGUUUCACCAGUGCACCUACAUGUACAACUACAAGGGCACGAUGCUGUUUGUGGUGGGCAAGCCGUACACCACCUGGGCCGAGCUCUUCGCGGCUCUCGUGGCCAUGAAGGACGCGGAGAAGCUGCCCGAGUUCUCCGUGAGCGACAUCACGCUCGAGCAGAUCUACGUCGGCCUCUCGCGGCGCCAGAUCCUCUUCUCGGGUGCACGGACGGGCGCGAAGUUAAGCGGCAUGCCGUCGAGCAUCGACAGCACCCCGGGACCCUGCGAGGGCACCAGGAAGGAAAAAUAAAAAUGGCCGAUUUGUG